AUGAAUGCCUUGAAAGACACUACAGUUACAGGCAGAAGAAUUAAAAAUAAAGUUGUCUUUGAAGUCAUUGAGAAAUUAGAACAAAGUGCUAAAGACUUAGCUGAAGCAAUAAAUACAGCUGAAGCAUGA